UUGGUCGUCACGCGACACGCGGCUUCCACCUGCCGUCCACAGGCGGAAAGCAGCAAGACACGCGCAUAGACACACCGUCGCCACCACCGCGUUAACGUCCACCGAGCCGGCGAGAGGCCACUUCGGCAGCCGCCCACCGCCACCCGUGACCGGCGGCGGCGGCGGAACAAACCGGACCGGACCAUCCGAGGCUAGGCGAGGCGGGACAGUGGAGAGGUGGGGAGGGGAGUAGUAGCCGCCCUAAGCCGCUUAGAGGCGGCCCGAGCAACGCCACAGGCAGCACCGACCCGACCGGUAAGAAUGGACGGCUUCAACAUGGCUGCUGACCGGCGACCAGCUUCGAUUCUGGCGUAACGGGACGACACUGCGCGUCGGGCAGACCUCCGUGAAGGUAGGAAUGUUCACCCUCACCGAAGUCGCCUCCCUGAACGACAUCCAGCCGACUUAUCGCAUCCUGAAACCAUGGUGGGACGUAUUCAUGGACUACCUUGGCAUCGUCAUGCUCAUGCUAGCCAUCUUCGCCGGGACCAUGCAGCUAACGCGAGACCAGGUGGUCUGCCUGCCCGUCCUGGACUCUGCCCCGGUCGAGGUGGCUCCCGUGCCGACGGAGGCGUCCGGCAGGUUGUCGAGUAAGGCGAGCGCCACGGUGGAGCGAGCGGCGCCACUGAUGGCGGCCCCCGAUAAGCAGCCUCCGCCGCAGCAGCCGCCCCCCACCGGGAUCCCAACCAAGCUAGACUUUCAGCAGUAUGUCUUUGUCAACCAGAUGUGUUACCAUGUCGCACUUCCGUGGUACUCUAAAUAUUUCCCCUACCUGGCGCUGAUCCACACCCUGAUCCUAAUGGUGAGCAGCAACUUCUGGUUCAAGUAUCCCCGCACCAGCUCCAAGAUUGAGCACUUUGUGUCCAUCCUGGGCAAGUGUUUUGAGUCUCCAUGGACUACCAAGGCGCUAUCUGAGACCGCGUGCGAGGACUCUGAGGAGAACAAGCAGCGUCUGGCGGGGGCCUCCGCCCAGCACAAGCACUUCUCAACCAGCAGUGAGGAGGGCAGCCCCAACCAGUCGGCACCCAUGCUGACCAAAUCCGGCGUGACCUUCUCUGCCGAGAAGCUGGUGAGCGAGGCGCCUUCCAUGACCAUCCUGGACAAGAAGGACGGCGAGCAAGCCAAGGCGCUCUUCGAGAAGGUCCGCAAGUUCCGCGCCCACGUGGAGGACAGCGACCUGAUCUACCGCCUGUACGCCCUGCAGACGCUCAUUAAGACUGUAAAGUUCAUCCUCAUCCUGUGCUACACCAUGACAUUUGUGGCCUCUAUUGACUUCCACCAUAUAUGUGAGCCGGAAAUCAAGCACUUGACGGGAUACAGGAAGUUCCACUGCACGCACAACAUGGCGUUCAUGCUGAAGAAGCUGCUGGUGAGCUACAUCGCACUCAUCUGCGUCUAUGGUGUCAUCUGUAUCUACACGCUCUUCUGGCUCUUCCGCCGUCCCCUCAAGGAGUACUCGUUCGAGAAGGUCCGCGAGGAGAGCAGCUUUAGCGACAUCCCCGACGUGAAGAACGACUUCGCCUUCCUGCUGCACAUGGUAGACCAGUACGACCAGCUCUACUCCAAGCGCUUCGGUGUCUUCCUGUCUGAGGUCAGCGAGAACAAACUGCGGGAGAUCAGCCUGAACCACGAGUGGACCUUCGAGAAGCUCCGGCAGCAUGUGGCCCGCAACGUUCAGGAGAAACUGGAGCUGCACCUUUUCAUGCUGUCGGGUGUGCCGGACGCAGUGUUUGACCUUACCGACUUGGAGAUCCUCAAGCUGGAGCUCAUCCCAGAGGCCAGGAUCACAGCCAAGAUCUCGCAGAUGAUCAACUUACAGGAGCUCCACUUCUACCACUGCCCCGCCAAGGUGGAGCAGACGGCGUUCAUCUUCCUGCGGGACCACCUACGGUGCCUUCAUGUCAAGUUCACAGAUGUGGCCGAGAUCCCCAGCUGGUUGUACUUGUUGAAGAACUUGCAGGAGCUGUACCUGGUGGGCAACCUGAACUCGGAGAACAACAAAAUGAUUGGACUGGAGUCUCUGCGCGACCUGCGACACCUGAAGGUCCUCCAUCUUAAGAGUAACCUCACCAAGAUCCCCACCAACAUCACAGAUUUGUCGCCGCACCUCGUCAAGCUGGUGGUGCACAACGACGGCACCAAGCUCCUGGUGCUCAACAGCCUGAAGAAAAUGAUGAACCUAUCCGAGCUGGAGCUGCACAACUGCGAGCUGGAGCGCAUCCCGCACGCCAUCUUUAGCCUCAACAACCUCCAGGAGCUGGACCUGAAGUCCAACCACAUCCGGACCAUCGAGGAGGUCAUCAGCUUCCAACACCUCAAGCGGCUAACGUGCCUCAAGCUCUGGCACAACAAGAUAAUUUCCAUCCCGCUGUCCAUCAGUCACGUCAAGAACCUCGAGUCGCUCUACCUGUCUCACAACAAGCUGGAGUGUCUGCCCAGCUCGCUGUUCACUCUGCUCAAGCUGCGGCACUUGGACGUGAGCCACAACUCCAUCGCCGCCAUACCACCGGAGGUGGGCUUCUUGCAGAACCUCCAGUACUUCGCCAUCACCGACAACAAAUUGGAGGUUGUUCCCAAGCAGCUCUUCAAGUGCACCAAACUGCGGACGCUGUGCCUCGGCCACAACAGCGUUACCGCCCUGCCGGAGAGAGUCGGCCAGCUGGCGCAGUUGAGCCACCUGGAGCUGAAGAGCAACUGCCUGGACCGUCUGCCGGUGCAGCUGGGCCAGUGCCCCCUGCUGCGCCGGGGCUGCCUGUUGGUGGAGGACCACCUCUUUGACUCGCUGCCCUUGGAGGUCAAGGAGAGUAUCAACCAGGAGUCCGGUGCCGCUUUCGCGAAUGGGUGCAAGUGUCUGAUGGACGGGCGGUAGUGUGUCAGGGCACCAGUUUUUUAUUUCAUUUAAUUUUUCUAAUGCAGCAGAUCACAGACCGAGUAAGACUUCCCUGGUACUCCUUUCACAUUGAGCCGGUGCUGGCAAAAGUGGUGUCAGACUAUAGCAACUCUUUGCAGGUCCAAAGGGAAGGUUCCUCAGUCAGGGGUGCCUCGGCGCUCCAUGGGGGGAAAAGAACUCUUGGGGUGCCAACACUUUAGUGCUGCAAAUUGAAAAUGCUAUAUUCCAAGGCCACCCUUACGGUGCCCCCUACCAGUGACUACAUGUUACCAGCCCCUUUUCACGCCAAGAAGCUAGGCAACCAUAGUCCAAAGUGACUUGGUAAACCAGAGACUUCACUAGAGUCAAAUGCUAACCGCUAAAUGCUAUGACCGGCACCAUCUUGCUCGGAAACUGGUACGAGUACGUUUGAUAGUGAAAGUAUUUUAGCAUAGGAAAAAGCGUCUGAUGGAAGGGCUGCCUUGCAUUAGGUAACAUUUUUUGUUUGUUUGUUUGUUUGUUUCAAUGCAGAUGCUCACAGGACAAGUAGAACUCUGCUCGCACCUCUUUCACAGCGAACUGGAGCUGGGUUACAGCGCGAGACAAAAUUAGUGAUGGUUCUCGGCAGCACCAGUGACAGACGGUUCAGAGGGAAGCUUUCUGUUAGGUUGGCAGCUAGGAGCGGUGACCACGGGUGCAGCCGGGGGUACCGUCAGGGGUGCCGCUACGGGUACUGUAAUGGGCGCUGCCAGGUGUCUGGGGCGCCGUGGAAACAGAAUAUCACUUUGGAUGCCACCGACCCAUACUGCAAAUAGAAAUAUACUAUAUUCUAUGGCCCCUGUCGGUCAAGGUUUGCCCUUCUUUACGGCGCCCCCUGCUGGUUACCACAGCUCCCCGGCCCCAAAAUUCAACCGCCAUAUGAUGCGUCGCUGGCUCACUGCGAAAGGGAGCGGUGAGCAGGGGUGCAGCAGAGUACAGUGACAAAGUGAAAGUAUUUUAGCACAGGGGGAAAAAAAAAAGGUCGGAAGCCACUGGAAACCAAACAAAAAAAGUCUCAUCACCGUCUUAUGUUUGUCCUCGUGUUGAAACGUAGGAACUUAGCAUUAGCACUAGUGUCCCAAAGUCCGUACGGAGCGAAUUCUGCCACGUUUGUUAUAAAUUGGCGGACAUUUGACGUCACAUUUUGUUGAGUCGGUGUUUUGCACACCGUUUCGUUCCCGUUGGCGCUCUUGUCGCUUCCUUUUCAGCACAAAAAUGAGCGAAGCGGCUCUUCGUUGUACAAAUCCCGACACAGCCACAACAUUAGGGACACUUGCGUUUUCCUCCUAAUAUUAUCGCUCAUGUCCUUUAAUAUUUCAAAUGUAUUCUUGUAAUACGUAGUCUUCCAAAAUGUUAUCUUUCGUUCUCAUAGGGCUACGACUUCAUCCUUGAAGUUUUUUUUUUCUUUCCUAAUGCGACUUUAUUUUUGUAGAAGAAAAUUGACUCAAAGUAUGACGAAUUCAUCAAAACAAUUCGUUUUUCUAGUAAAAACGUAUUUGUGAUAUGACUUUAAUAUCUGAAAAUGCCUUUUUUUUUUUUCAGAAAAUGGAAUAUUCUUGAAAUAUUACCUUUCCUCAAAAUAUUCACUAACACUCACUAAAUGGCAACAGUUGUCACAUUACUUCAUUUGCGAAAAAACAUCUUCGUAACAUAACUUAAUGGUCGUAAAAUGACUUUUUUUUCAGAAUAUUGAAACUUUAUUUUUGUCUUAUCACUUUUUUUCUUUAAUAAAACAAAAACAAAUUAUUACUAACUCACUAUUAGAUUUUGGGGAAAGUUUUUUUUUUUCCUUCUGUUCAUUGUGACUUAAUUUUUUUCCGCAAAAUAUUUUGACUUAGUUCCCAUGAAAUGUUAAAAUGAUAUUCUUGUAAUGCCACGCCCUCCAGAAAAAACAGGUUUCAUGUAAAAGAAUCAGUUGUGUGGAAUUUAUUUAUUUUUGUUCUUUUCACCAUUGUGGCUUUCUUUGAUUUUUUUUCUGUCAAAUUUUGAAUUCAUGAAAAUGACACCUUUUUUAAAAUUUAAAUCUUAUUCUUUUAAUAUUACGAGUGGAGAACUACUCGAUAGUAAGAAAAGACCAUUCCAUUAUGGGAAAAUAAACAAUCAGAAUCCGAUUUUAUUCUUGUAAUAUUAUUCAUUUUCUUUGAUUUUUUUUUUUUUGGGGGGGGAGUACGAUUUCAACUUCUUUUUUGUUAUAUUAUGACAUUGUUUAUGAUAUGUAUUAUGAUUUCUAAUAUUGCACUUUUUUUGCUCGUCAAUUUAACCAUGCCUAUUAUUGUUCUUGUCGCUACGUGAGUGGGUCCAAAUAUUAGAAACGCUGCCUAGUUCUAGCACAAUAACAAACAUACAGUAUUUAAUUUUUGUUAAGUUUGCCAGAGGUCAACCUUAUUGGAGAUCUUGGCUGGUUCUGGUGUACCUAAUGUUGUGGCUCGUGUGUGUCUAGUGCUUUCGACACACGUACACAUUGAACUCCUCUUAUUUUCAGUGUGUGUCAACAGCUGGAAAUCAUAAAGACCAUAAGCGAGGGAACAAGAAGAACAACUGGAACAUGUACAGUUAGUUUUUUUGUUUUUGUGUGUGUGUGUGUGUGUGUGUGUUUUCGGAAGAGGUGAAUAGGUUUGUUUGUGUAAGCUUACACAUUCCACUGUGUUCUAUGUCAGUCAAACAUUGACGAAAGGGACCAACCAUCCAAAUCUAUGUGAUGAUUACAACACAAAAACACUUUUUUUGUUUUAGUCUGAUAAACAUCUUGUUCUUUGUGUGCUAUUUAAAUAAAUGUUAGCUUGUUUAAAAAAAUCUGCAAAAGAUAUUUCGUUGUAUUUUGUUUAAUAUUUUAGUAAGUAAACUCACGAGAUGUGACGUACCAGGAAAAAAAAAAAAAAGCACUUCCAGGUACAAGUCAAUGUGUUCAAUGGAAAAUGCUCCCCUCUAGUGGGAGAUAGGGGUUACUACGAUUUAAAAAAAGCAUUUGUAGCAAUAUGAGAAUUGAUUUCACAUAAAAGUUAAAAAAUGUACCUAAAUACGGGUUUAAAAGCAAACACUUCAAAGUUAAAAACCACUGAGCUGGACGUCAGCAGUGGUUCUUUCGCGUACCACUCGGAGGAGCCCGCAUACCACACUCCGAUAAUCACGGAAAUAUGUUUUCAGUGUGAACAAGUAUUAGGGUCACACUGAAAGGAGCAAAUUUAGCUAAGAGAAUCACGUCAUUAAAUUAGGAGGGGGAAAUUGUAGUUUUU